GCUCUGCAGCGGUGAAGCAGAGCCGCACUGCACACUGAACCGGCCUUGACGGGGCGAGGCGGCGAUCACACUGUGGCCCUCAUCCAUCAUCGCUAUGGGAAUUACCACAGCGUUCUUCCUGAACCAAGCCCUGAUCCCGUACUACCUGAAACCGGUCCACCUGGAGACCCGGACUAUAAAACACUGCAGUUGAGAGCAGCACAGAGCCCGGCUCAGUCUCUCCUCCGGUCCACUGAGGGAGGGGAUCAUGAUGAUGACAAAUAUCUAGAGAUGAGCAGUGGUUUCUCUCAGCAGACAACUUGACAUAGGAAGUUUGCUCAUCUGUAUUUUGUAUAUCACACGAUGUCUGCCCUGUGUGUGUCCGCAGUGCUCUUUUGUUCCGUGGUGGUUGGCAUCUCGGCCCGGGUUUUAAACACUACCAGCCCCACCGACCCAGCCCUCCUCUCCCCCCGACAGUAUCAGCACACGGACCCCGACUCGGGCACCCAGCUGGACUGUGACAAGUGCCCGGCAGGAACCCACGUGUCGCUCCACUGCUCCCUCACAGCUGUGAGGGAGUGCAGCCGCUGCCCUGAAGGCACCUUCACACGGGGGGAGAAUGGGCUGCAGAAAUGCCAUCCCUGCCGGGGUCCGUGUCCGGGGGGUUUCGUUGAGAAAGCAACCUGCAAGCCCACCCAGGACCGAGUCUGUACAUGUCCCACCAACAGCUUCCUGUCUGGGGCUGGGGGCACAGAGUGUAAGCCCCACUCGCUGUGCCCACCAGGGACCAGGGUUAGGAGGCGGGGCAGUGAAACAGACGAUGUGGUGUGUAAGCCGUGCACCAAGGGAACUUUCUCAGACUCCAGUUCGCUGAAGUGCCGAACCCACACGAUCUGCCAUGCUCAGGGGCUGCUCACAUCGGGGACUAGAGAGACAGAUAAUGUAUGUCGACCCCUUUCUACCUCUUCAGCCAAGCCUUUCACCACAACCCCGUUACCGGGACCUGCAAAAGCUGUGCUUCUGCAGGAACCUUCAUCAACAACGCCUCCAUCAGCACUGAGUGGACCUGUACAUGAAGGCACCUACAGCCAAUCAGCAGCCAUUCAACUAAGGGGAGUCCCGAGUGGGGAAGACCACCAUGCAGAGGGGCCACUCCUCAACCAGCUUAGCGCUUCUACCCCAACAAAUCGCCCACGGACUCACGGGCAACUCAUGGAACUGGAGCACCAACGAGGGCAACCCAAUUCUGACCCUGUGACGGACCCAAACAAGAAAGGGGUUGAGGGUCCGGAAGGUGCUGAUGUAAUCAGGGUUUGGCCGGGUAUCAGCAAGGUAGCAGGACAGGGCGGUGGGAGUGGGGUCCAAAGCUACUACAGGCCAACUCGAAGGGGUUCCCCAAGACCGAGCACCCACGAUCACUUCGACAUCAACGAGCACCUCCCUUGGAUGAUAGUGCUGCUGCUCCUGCUGGUGCUGGUGGUGAUCGUGAUCUGCAGUGUGAAGCGGAGCUCUCGUGUGCUGAAGAAGGGGCCGGUGCAGGACCCCAGCAGCAUCAUCGAGAAGGCAAUCCAGAAGAAACCAUCAGCGCCUCAAUCGCAGGUCAAAGAGAAGUGGAUCUACUACUCCAACGGACAGGGGGUGGAUAUCCUAAAGCUGGUGGCGGCCCACGUUGGCACCCAGUGGAUCGACAUCUAUCAGUCGCUGGCGAACGCAACAGAGAGGGAAGUAGCUGCCUUCUCCAAUGGAUACUCGUCAGACCACGAGCGGGCGUACGCAGCGCUGCAGCACUGGACCAUCCGGGACAGCGACGCCAACCUGGCCAAGCUGAUCAACGCCUUGCACCGACAGCGGCGCAUCGACGUGGUGGAGAAGAUCCGCUGUGUCAUGGAGGACAACCCACAGUUUGACAUCAACCAGCUGCUGACCUCAGUGAAUGUAAGCCAAAACCUCAGUCCCAUCCACAAGCCGCUCGACUCUCCCAGCAGCAAUGCCAGCGAUCGCAACAGCAACGGCGGUGCUAGCGUGGGCGGAUCCAGUGUGGGCGGGGCCAGUGUGUGCGGGGCCAGCGGCGUGGGCAUGGAGCAGUCGCCGGUGGACCGCGCCAAGUGCUUUUUUCCUGACGAGUCUGAGCCCCUGCUUCGCUGUGACUCCACCUCCAGCAAAGACUCCGCCCUCAGCAGGAACGGCUCCUUCAUUACCAAAGAGAAGAAAGACACAGUUCUGCGGCAGGUGCGUCUCGACCCCUGCGACCUGCAGCCCAUCUUCGACGACAUGCUGCACAUUCUGAACCCAGAAGAGCUGCACAUCAUCGAGGAGAUCCCAGCCGCAGAGGACAAGCUGGACCAGCUGUUUGAGAUUGCGGGGGUCAAGAGUCAAGAGGCCAGCCAGACGCUUCUGGAUUCGGUCUACAGCCACCUCCCUGACCUGUUAUAAAGCAGGAAGGGACACAGAUUGACAGAGAAUUGGAAUAGAAAUGAAAAAAAGCUGGCUCAGUGGGAAGGAUGACUCAGAUCUGGCACUGUUCUGAUUAAGCAUGGGAUGAUAUAAGAUCUCAGUAUUGUAUUGCAGCAUCUGAGUAUGAUGUGUUAUGUCACAUUGUCACAAGAUUUGAGCUAGGCGUAGUUGUAAUCUACUCCCUAAAAAUACUCUUUCCAAACUUCACUGAUAGUUUAAUGCUCUUACCCUCCAAUGUGCUUCAGUGGUCUUGUGUGUCUACCAUGAUAUAGGGUCAACGCUCAAUGUUCUUCUGUCACACCAGGGAGCACUUUUUCAUUUUUCUAAAGUAUGUUUAGCCUUGUUAAAGGUGGCCUUUGAGUGUUGUGACCUUAGAAAUGAGGCUAAAGAGUCUCCAAGCUGGUUUGAAGAAAAAACAGCACUUUUUUUUCAUAACUAGCCAACGCCUUCACUUUUAAAGGGUAAUUCCGCAGUUUUGCGUAGGUUCUACCAAUCUUCCAGGCUUUCCCUUUGCCUUUAACAAGAUGUCAGUGUUAAUUUAACAUGGUGGUUAUUGCUUACUGAUUGACAACAAGAUAAACUACAUAAGCUAUAACUCUAAAUGACACUGGUAUUAUUGUUAGAGUUUCUCUGAAACCACAUUCAUAUAUAUUUUGGCCAGGUAUGAAUUGACCUGUAAGUUGUGUGCCUGAGCUUUUCUCAGCCCUUCUUUUCUUUUUUCCAGUCGCUCCAGUUGCCUGUACCUGGAACAGAUCAUUGUUUGGUUUUAGCAUAAUAGCUUGUAAGCACUGCGCCAGCCAGCAGGGGGCAGUGAGAUAAGAGGGCUGAUCUGCUCCAGAACCAAAGCCAUAUAUAAAAAAAUACUGGAUUAAACAUAAUAAACAAGCAAAUAUUACAAUAUUGGAUUACCAUUCACCCAAAAUCUAAUCUAAUAUUAUGAUAUAUGGCUUUGUCUUUGAAAAGUUGUUGGAAAAAGGGUUCAAAACUAAAAAUGAACUGAACAGGAAGUGUGCAGUGUUUACUGACUCUGCCUGCUUCUAUUGAACCAAAGCAAUAUUUCUGAAAUGUUUUGGAUAUGUUGCUUUGCUCUAGUACAGUUGGACUCAUGGACAGUAGGGUAACCACGUCUACUAGUACGCACACUCAAAUCUCUAGUAGUUAACCUUGUUUGCCUCAACAAAUGUAGCGUUGAUAAAGUGAUACAUUUCGGAGCUUCACAGUGUCACAGUGUUAUACUACAAUUAAAAUAAUACAAGUGA